AAAUGUAUUCUUCAAUCUCACCAAGGUCAUGUAGUAAUCCAGGUUGUAAACAUUCAUCAUGUGCUCUAUGUAUUUGUUGUAAUCAAUAUUUAUGUAUUGAACAUUUACAAAAUCAUUCAAAUAAACAAAAUGAUCAUCAGCUUACUUCAUUAAUUACUGAAAUCAAUAUUCUAUCAGAUCGUUUUCAUCAUGUAUCUUUAGUUGAACCAUAUUUAAUAACAAGUCUUGAUAAAUGGCGUACUGAUGCAUAUCGUACAAUUGAUCAUUUUUAUGAAACACAACGUCGACAUUUUGAACAAUUUAUUAAAGAAAAUCACGAUAAACAACGAAAAGAAAUUGACCAUUUACGAUUAAAAAUUAAUGAUCUUAUACGAGAACAAAAUGCAACACAAGAAGAUAUUAAUUUAAUAAAAGAUACAAUUAAAUUAAUUGAACAAGAUUUAAAUGAUUUAUCAAAUAUUCAAUGUAAUAUUCGUCCAUUAGUUAUUGAUGAAAAUAUUGCACAAAUUCAAUCAAAUAAAAUUACACAAAAUCUUUUACCUCUUUCACGUCCAUAUAGAACAAUGAAUAUUAUUGAUGAUAGUUAUUGUUGGAUGACUACUAAUGAAAAAUAUUUAUUAAUACAUUAUAAACCUAAUUUAUAUUUACUUGAUCGACAAUUAUCACUUAUUACAAAAACUCCAUGGAUACAUGGUCGAAUAUAUAUUAUGUGUUGGUCAUUAACAUUAAAUCGUUUUAUUGUUAUAACUAAUGAUACAAUUUUUACUAUUGAUGAAAAUCUAAUGGCUAUUGAACGAUGUGAUUUAAAUUAUCAUAAUAAUAUUUAUCAUAAUUGGCGUUCAGGUUCAUGUUCAAAUACAAAUUUAUAUUUAUCAACAGUUGAUUUAGGUUCAUCAAUAUAUGAAUUUACAUUAUUACCAUCAAUACAAUUUAUUAAAGAAUGGCCAUCACCAAUAAUAUGUCGAAAAGAUGAAUGUAUUGAUGAUUUAUGUUAUAAAAAUGGUAAAUUAGCUAUAAUUAUUUUUCAUCAACCAACAAAUGAAAUACGUCUUGAU